CAUAACUGCGAACGAAAAUAACGAAAAUCAAGUUAUGGAUGUGGCGCAUUGCCAUCUCGACGGCAACGCCGACGCUGUAGAGUUUUGUCCUCACGACUCGUACCGUCAUGUUUUGGCGGCUUCUACAUACACAUUACAGGAGGGUGAUCAACCCAAUAGAGCCGGGAGCGUAUCUCUCUUCAGCGUUGACGCUGAGGCGCGUCACCUGGAGAUGUUGCAUCGCGUCAGCAUGGCGGGGAUCUUCGAUAUAAAGUGGAACCCCGUUGGUGGUCAUUCUAGUCCUCUGCUUGCUCAAGCUGAUACAGAUGGUUACUUGAGAAUUCUCCGUCUCCGUAGCGGUUCGGGUGGAGCAGAUGGAUUUUCAUUGGAAGAGAUAAAUGGUAAGAAAGUCAGUUCCUCAAUGUGCCUUUAUUUGGAUUGGAACCCUUCAGCAACAAGCAUCACAGUGGGGCUUUCGGAUGGUUCCGUCGCAAUAGCUUCUUUCGCGGAGUCCCAACUCGAGGUCCAAGAAAAAUGGAAAGCUCAUGAUUUUGAGCUCUGGACAACUUCCUUUGACACCCACCAGCCCCAUUUGGUGUACACUGGCUCUGAUGAUUGCAAAUUCAGUUGUUGGGAUUUGCGCGACGGUCCUUCGAAGCUCGCGUUUCAGAACUCGAAGGCCCACACGAUGGGUGUUUGUUGCAUUACGAAAAGCCCUUUCGAUCCCAACACAGUACUCACUGGUAGCUAUGACGAAAACCUGAGAGUGUGGGAUGUGAGGGCAAUUUCAAGGCCAGUAAAUGAGACUUUUGUCGGUUUAGGUGGCGGUGUUUGGAGAAUCAAGCACCACCCUUUUGUUCCGGGCCUCGUGUUGGCUGCUUGUAUGCACAAUGGGUUUGCAGUUGUCAAGAUUAGAGGAAAUGAAGCCGAAGUAAUCGAAAGAUAUAGUAAGCAUGAGUCACUUGCAUAUGGAGCUGACUGGUGUAGAGAAGAACCAGUCAUUGAUGGCAUUAGGAGUUCUCUAGUGGCCACUUGCUCAUUCUAUGAUAAGCUUCUUAGGGUGUGGAUUCCAGAAAGUAACAAAGUUAAGUGAUGACGUAGGACACAGGCAAUAGUCAACAGUUUCCUAUUUUGGAGUUUCUUAAUUUUUAGAUUAAUUUGUUUUCUAUUCAGUAUUAUCUCUAUAAUUUGUUAAGU